AUCCAACGGGAAGCGCGCGGCCUCAAAACGCGGGCGAAGCGACGGCCAUGGCAUCGCCUCCCCACUGCAUGCGCUCCCCGCGGCGGAGAUGGGAGGAGGGCGGCCAUGGGAGGAGCAAACGCCACCACCUAAGGUAGGAGGAGGAGGAGGAGGACACCGUCCAAACCAACGGCGAGGCGAAGCGCGGCUCGACCGCCCCUCGAGCAAUCCUGACGGUGGUGAUGGCGUACCGGAGGAAGCAAGGGAUGCAGAGGUCGGCCACCUUCGUGGAGGACCACCGCCAGCAGCCGCCGCCGCCGGGGGACACCUCCUCGCCGGCCAUCGCGUCGCCGCGCGCGACGCGGUUCGCCGACGACAGCCGCCGCCCCGACCGCUCCCUCGCCGCGCAUGCCAUGCUGGCAUCCGCCGCCCGCGGCGACGUGCCGGCCUUCUUCGCCGCCGCCGCCGCCGCCUCGCCUCUCCAGCCCGACGACCCCACCCUGGAUCCUAUCGCUCAGCUGUACACAUCGACGCGCGGCGCAAAGGAUGAUCCCAAGAACGAGCAGCUGAAGAGCAACGAGGCAAAACACGGAUUCUGGGGAGUCCUGGCCCAGCAAGCCAAGGUGAUGCUCGACGAGAACGGCGGCACCGAUGAUGGCAGAGAUAAUCACUCUCUGACAUCUCAAUCUCGUUGGUCCUACGACCGGGUCCGGAAGCCGGAGAACCCUACGUUGGACAUUGGAGGCAAGAUCAAGAACGCUCUCGAGGAGGGCCUGACGAAGGCGGAGGGCAGCAGCAGGGCCGGCGGCGACGCCGUCCAUGGCCGGAAGCUGCAGAUCAGGAGGAAGACGUGCAGCAUGGACUUCCGCAACAUCAACCUGGGCUUGGCCAGCCCGGACAUGUCGCCGAUGAUGUCCGACACGGAGUCGCCGCAGAUCAAGGCCUCUCGCGACGUGGCCAGCGCCAUGGCGGCCAAGGCGAAGCUGCUGCAGCGGGAGCUGAAGACGGUGAAGGCCGACAUGGCCUUCUCCAAGGAGCGGUGCGCGCAGCUGGAGGAGGAGAACCGCCUGCUCCGGGACGGCAACCACGACGCCGACGAGGACCUGAUACGGCAGCAGCUGGAGACGCUGCUCGCGGAGAAGGCGCGGCUGGCGAACGAGAACACGGUGUACGCCAGGGAGAACCGCUUCCUCCGGGAGAUCGUCGAGUUCCACCAGCUCAACAUGCAGGACGUCGUCGACCUCGACGAGGACAUGAUCUGCGAGGAGGAGGAGGACGACGACGCCGGCGCCGGCCAGCAGUACGGUUGUCAUCUCCGGGUGCAUGAGGCUGGCGGCCUGGGCACCGCGCCGCAGUCGCCGCUGGGCCACGCCGGCAGGAUGCGGAUGUCGAGGUCAAACAGCGGCGCCGCCGAGUCGCCCAUGCGCAGGAGCUUCGUUGGCGCACCGGAGACCCCGCCCACUCGCCGGAGCUUGAAGGAAGAAGACGUUGAUGCGCCAGAGACGCCGCCUACUCGCCGGAGCCUGAAAGACGUCGACGUUGACGAGCCAGCGACGCCGCCCACUCGCCGGAGCCUGAAGGACGUCGACGUUGACGCGCCAGAGACGCCGCCCACUCGCCGGAGUAUAAAAGAAGACGUUGAUGACGCGCCAGAGACACCGCCCACCCGCCGGAGCUUCAAGGAAGACACUGGCUUGCCGGAGACAGCAACGACGCCAACACGCCGGAGCUCCAACGACGAAGACCACGGCGCGGCAGAGACGACGACGCCCACUCUCCCGAGCUUCAAGGAUCAUAAUGGCACGGCGGAGAUGAAGAACGAGGAUUGACAAAAUUCCUCUUAUGAUCGCUGAAACUGCGAAGCUUGUUGUGUAUGUGUGUAGAGAGUAUAUCGUGUCUACUAACUUUAAAAUUUUUUGCCUGUUUUGCUUCAUGUAAUUCCUAGCACAUUCGCUCAUGGUGGAAAUAAAUAAAAAAACUCAUGCAAUCGGCAUCAUCUCAUCCGACCUGAAUGCAAUUUUCUCACGAUGA